CUUCCUCUCUUAUCUUUCUCUCCUUUGUGUUUUCUUCAUUUCUUUUCUCUCCCUUUGUGUUGGGGAAGAUGGAAGCUCAAGAGGAAGUUCCAUUGGGGUCUCAAGAAGGCAAUAUCAUUAAAGGGAAGAGAACCAAGCGUUUUAGGCCUCAAUCUCCGAUCCCUUUCGCCGCCAUUGCUCCGAGCGGUUCCAUGUUCAACGGAGGAGACGAUGUACAAAUGGAGAACAACAAGGACAACUAUGGUGAAUAUCUUUCACUUUCUUCUUUCGGAGAUGAAAACCAAGAGAGCACCACGGAGGAAGAAGAGGACAUGGCGAAUUGCUUGAUCCUCUUGGCUCAAGGCCAAUCCAGAGAGCCCCCCAAGUUAUUACAACAUCAAUACCAUCGUGUUCAUCAUCAACAACAACAAGAUUCUGCGGUGGUUUACAACAAAUUCAACAGUCGGAGGUUCAUGGAAGCAGCCUCGAACGGGACCGGUAAGGCCGGACACUACGUCUAUGAGUGCAAGACGUGUAACCGGACGUUCCCCUCGUUCCAAGCCCUCGGCGGUCAUCGUGCUAGUCAUAAGAAGCCCAAGGUGGCCGCGGUGGUCGAUGAUAAGAUACGACAAUUCACAACGACGACGAAUAUAGGGUUACCGGAUGAAGAAGAAGGGCAACUAUUCAUGAAGACUAACAACAUUUCAUCUCUCUCCCUUCAAUUGAGCAACACCAACAACAACUAUAACAAUAACAAUAGAGGUUUGUAUGGAAGCAACAGCAACAACAAGGCUAAUAAGGUUCAUGAAUGCUCGAUUUGCGGGUCGGAGUUUACAUCGGGACAAGCCUUGGGAGGGCACAUGAGAAGACACAGAGGGUCCAUAGGUGCUAAUAUUACACCUGCUAACACUGCCCUGUCGUUGAAAGUGCCAACCCCAAUGGAACAACCUCAGCAACCUAAGAAACCGAAGAAUGUUCUGUCUCUAGACUUGGAUCUCAAUCUUCCAGCUCCCGACGAAGAUAAUCGGGAACCAAAAUUCCCCUUUGCUUCGAAACAGCAACAACAACAGCAACAAUCAUCUCUUGUCUUCUCUGCCCCCACUUUGGUGGAUUGUCAUUACUAGAAACAAGGUUAAAAAAUUUCCAACUACACAAUUUAUUAUCAUCCAAUGGUUAAUUGGGUGUUUUUGAUUCUUUUUUAUACUUUUAUUUAUUCAAACAUUUUACAAGAUU